GCUGCUUUCCCCACUCCCCACUCCCCCCACUAGCCACACCACCCGACCUCUCAUCGGUGCGGCAUCCCGCCAUGGCCCCGCCUCCCGCCGGCCGCCCCAUCGUACUUCUCCUCUUCCUCCUCCCGGUGUUAGCCGCGUCCGAUCCCGUCCUCGACGACGGCUACGCGGUCACCACCUUCUCCGACCUCAACCCGCUCCCGGCCUCGGGGCCCCACCCCUACGCGGUCCUCCCGCGGCCCCGUGCGGGGGACCUCCUCCUCCUCGACUCCGCCGGCGCCGCGCUCUACACGCUCGCCCUCCCCACCCCCGGCGAGCCGCGCGGGCUUGCCGCCGCCUUCGACCGCCCGCGCAGCGUCGCCGUCGACGCCGCCGACAACGUCUACGUCGCGGACCGCGCCCGCGUCGCCGGGCAUCUCCACGGCGUCGUCCGCAAGGUCGCACCCGACGGUUCUACUACUACGAUUGCCGGAGGACUGUCAUCAGGGUCUGGUCGCAGGGAUGGACCGGCACAGAAUGCUACCUUCUCAACAGAUUUUGAGCUCGUUUAUGUCCCCAAAAUAUGUGCAUUGUUAGUUGCUGACAGAGGGAACCGAUUGAUUAGACAAAUCAAUCUGAAGCCAGAAGACUGUGCGCAUGACACACAUUCAGGCUUGGGUACUACAUCGGUGUCGGUCAUUGCCAUAUUCUGUGCACUACUCGGUUCAGUAAUCGGGUUUUUAUUUCGUCAUUUUUACCCGAUCAAUGAAAUCUCCAUCAACCGCUUUUUCAGCAGGAUGCAGAAGCAAUACCAGAGAACCCAGAGGAAGGCAACUCUGAUCAGCUUCUGCGACAUAAAAAGCGCAGUUGCUAGCUCCAUGGCCUUCACCCUCCUGCUUAAACUGGUCAGAGUUAGUCGUGGCUAUCUUGCCGUGGUGUUCCCUACUGUUAGGUUACAGCGAGAAGUUCCCCGUAAGCUUUAUCGUCGUCCUGAGCUACGCAGGACUAGCACUUCCCCUAACAUUGGUCUUUGCAACAAAGCUCCUCUUGCUCCUACUGAGCAACAGGGGGAUCUGAUAAGCUUUGCUGGAGAUGACGGUGACGAGGAUAGUAGUAAAGCCAAUAGUCAGGGGGCUAAGGAGCCAUCCUUUGACUACGACUUGAUGGGGCUUGUCUACACCCCACAGGGCAGCACUAAGAAGAUAGAUCACAUGAUCGAGGCCAACCUGUCAGGCUUUUCUGGUCAUGAGGAACGAUGUAGUUUAACUGUUAGUAGUUACAGUAUAAGCAGGAGGAGGGUGCAUGGAGAUAAAUAAGGUUCUCUGAGCCUGAGAUUGCCUGUCUUUGAGCAUUCAGGAAGAAGAAUGUUACCUGUGUAGUGUUUGCCUGCUGCUGCUGCGUUGACUAAAUAAACUUAUACUGCUCCAGCACCAGUGUUUGCCUUGUACAUAAGUAAAACAACUGCGUACCAAGUGUUGGUAUAUAUUGUGGUCGUGGCAUCUAAUGUAUGCUGGGCAUUGUAGGUGCGUGGUGUGCUGAACUGAUGAUGCCAUCAAUUGUUAUUCUGGUGUAACUACGCCCUAGCAUCCAGUAAUGUGUCAUUGUUUUACA